AUGGAGAGACUCACUGACGCUGCCGACUACGAUUCCGACGAAAUCUCUGGGACUGUACCACGCUCACGGUCCAAGUUUGGAAAUGAUCAUGCAUACAAUGCACUCCGAACUAGGUGCGUUCCUGGGAUUGGAUUGGUGAAUCAGAAAGAUAAGAAACGGAUCUACGAGCCCAUGAGGGAGAUGUAUAUAGAAGGCCCAGUUGGAUAA